ACUGCCACGCUAACCGUCGCAAAGAACAGCUGCUAUGCUGUGCUGCUCUUCCCGCUCCGCCUCGAACCAGCGUCAAUCCACUCGUCCACCGUCGCACCAGCACCACGACCACCCGCGGCCGCGAUGAACAACUUCCCCGACGGGACGCACGUGUGGCUGCAGAGCCGCGCGCGGCGCGGGUACCUCCACGCCGACGAGGACGGGUCCGGCGUCUCCCUCAGCAACAGCCGCGCCACGCUGAACGCGGCGUGGCAGGUGCACCGGAUCGUGCACGGGGGCGUCGACUACGUCCUUCUCCGGUCCGCCGCCUACGGCCGUUACCUCGCGCUCUCAGCGUCCUUGGCGGCGGACGGCCACCGCGGCCGCGAAGCCGCCCAGCGCGACUUCAACGAGCCGCAGCAGCUCAACGUCAGGUGGAGGGCCGUCUCGGCGGGGGACGGCAGUGGCUACGUCCUCCUGUACAACGUCUUGGUGAGCGAGGAACGCUUCCUCCGCGCCAACGGCAGGUACCGCCGCUGGAACUCCGGCGUCACCGUCGAUGUCGUUGGCAACGGGGGCAGGAGCACGAUGAUGCAUUGGACGGUCAUGGAGAUCCCCCUGAGACCAGCGCCGCCUGCCCUUCCAAAUCCAUCUACGGAUCUGGGAGUCCCCACUGGCCUGUUACAGCGGCGGCGCACUGGGCGCGUGACGGACCGGCAGCGAACGAUCCGGUACAUGCGGGCGAACGAUGAGGGGAACUUCCUCGGCGCGGAGACAUUCAGGUUCUUCGGGCGGUCCGUGUUCAACCUGAGGUACGAGGUGGCGGUGAAAGUGAACGAGGACAUGCUGACGAUCACGCUGUGCGCGCACGCUGGCUUCUACGGCCGGCUGACCCCUCUGGUCGUCGACCUGCCUCGCAGCCAAGACCCUCUGGACAUCGUCGUCCUUCCCAACAAUUCACCAGCUGCUAUGGGACUGCGGCACCCAAAUGUGGAUGACCCCGUACCCUGGGAGCAGGACUUCUACAGCAACUUCAUGAGUGACCCUCGGAUACAGUGACAUGAGAAUACGUCGACUUCGUUUCUUGGUUCAUGUAGUUUCGGAGAACACGGCAGCUCUUCUUGUUUCUGGUAGUUUUGCUGGAGGCGCAUUCUACUGACUGAAAGCGGUUUAUCUUGCCCAUUCAGUACUACGCACAAACUGAUCUGGUAACUACCGUUUGGAUGGAGUUGAUGCUUGAACGAUUCUGCGCAGUGGUGUUGGCUGUACACGUGUACUCAGCACAUUCGUCUCUAUUGGUCAUAAUACACAUUUUGGUGUCUUACUC